GUGUCAAAUCAACUGGGUGUAUGAUGGUGCUUUUCACAGCAACAAGCAGCUGAAGACAAUCGUGCUGACUGGAAACCUGCUCCUGUUUCUGUCUGACACCGCGUUCACUGGCCCUCAGUCCCUGAAGGAGCUUGUCUUAACGCAGACAGGAAUAACCAGUAUAUCAUUUAUUCCAAUGACAAAUCUGGACAGCUUGGAUACCCUCAUCUUGGGCAGCAAUCACAUCUCUUCAUUGCAGCUCCCUCCCAACUUUCCAACUCAAAACCUCAAAUACCUUGACUUUCAAAUGAACAACAUAAGAACAAUCACAGCAGAAGAUGUCCGUGUUCUGCAGAAGACCAGCAAUAUAACUCUUAUCUUCAAAGGCAAUGACAUUUUACACAUUGAACCUGGAGCUUUCCAGUCCUAUUUCUACAGAUUGGACUUUGGGGGCUGUGCUGACAUCCCUGGGGUUCUGGCAGGGAUACAGAACUCCACAGUCCAGACCCUUUGGUUGGGAACAUUUCACAAUAUGCAAGAGAGGUCCUACAUAAGUCCUGAAGUCUUACAAGGCCUCUGUCAUAUUUCUGUCAAGGAUCUGUAUCUGCAACUACAGCACUUCAGAAACCUGAACGCUGCCAUGUUUCAGUGCUUGACCAAGCUCCGAAAGCUGGACCUGACCGAGACCCACAUCAGUGCAUUGCCCCCCGGCAUCAGUGGCAUGAGCUCACUGGUGGAGCUAGUUCUCAACGCCAACUCCUUUGAGCACCUCUGCAACAUCAGCUCUGCCGCCUUCCCCUCCCUCACCCACCUCCACAUCAAGGGGAACUUGCAGGCCCUGCAGAUAGGAACUGGUUGUUUGGAGAAACUGGCAAAGCUUCAACAUCUCGAUUUAAGUAAGAGUCACAUUGAAAGCUUUGACUGCUGUAACAAAGCACUGAGCGGCUUGAGCAGUCUUCGGUACCUGAAUCUGAGCCACAACAUAAAGCUCCACCUCCAAGACCUGCUCAUUAAGGACGGUGCCAACCUGGAGCUGCUGGACCUGGCUUUCACUCCUCUUCUUAUCAACACUCCACAGGGUCCUUUCCGAAAUUUGCAUCUCUUGCAAGUGCUGAACCUUUCCUCUUCUCACAUUAAUACUAGCAUUCAGCAUCUCUUUCAAGGCCUGGAAAAACUCAUGCUCCUGGACCUUAGUCAAAAUAACUUUGAGUCGGGGAUGAUGCUAAAGGACAAACUGUUCCAACAGCUAUCCAAUUUAGAGGUGCUAAUUUUAUCGUCCUGCGAACUGACAGCAGUAGGUGAUCAAGCAUUUCACAGCCUCAAGAAGUUACGACAUGUCGAUCUGAGCCACAACAAACUUGCUGCAUUCAGCACAGAUGCGUUUUCAAACCUCAAGAGCAUCUACCUCAAUUUCGCCCACAACAAGAUUCGUAUUGUACCACGCGACAAGCUAGCAUCCCUAGCUGGCCGCUGCAUAAUCAAUUUAAGUUACAACCCUCUGGAAUGCACCUGCUCCAAUAUCGGUUUAAUCACCUGGUACAAGCAGAAUCUGGACAAAAUUGAAGACUCUGACGGAACGAGAUGUUCUGAACCCAAAUCACUAGCUGGGGCUCAGCUGGCCACUGUCUCGCUCUCCUGUGGGAUCAACACGGCAGGAAUCAUUGCAGUUGUCCUGGCUAUUUUAUGCUGUGGUGCCAUCUUUGUUUGGGGUGCUCACUAUUUCAAGCGAAAUUACCAGCAAAUAUAA